AAGCAAAAGAGACCAUGGAGUGACGAGACAGGAAACUUUGAAGAGCCACUUGCAACCUGUUCAUUCCGAGUUACUCUACGGCCUAUGUAGAGGAGAGCUGACGAGGAAGCAGUGUCUUGACUCUGCCAUUGUUAACUGCAAUGGAUCGAGAAGAUCCAUUGGUGGUUUUCCACAUCUACAGGUCUUAAAAUUUGACCGAGUGAGAAGAUCUAGUCUCCAACUUCAUUUUCACGGUUGAUGGACCAAGCUAAAGCAAGUAAACUCAGAAUCCUACAAGGUCAAUGAAACCAGAGAACGUGCUAAACACUCCUAGGUCAAAGUCAAGGUCAAAGUCUUCCUCUUCCGACUCGGUCAAAUUUCUACCCCUAUUGCAUGCUAUAAGUGCGCUAUGGGUAUCCAACCCUUCUUCCUCACUACCUUCUUGCUUCCAAGCCUAAUUACCAGUUCUACUUAGCUAAGAUGGCGUCCGCCAGCAUCGACAGCUACCGCAAGGGCGCCAUGAUCUACCGCGGGGAUACCAUCUGCAAGAGGAGGUCGAUCGAGCUGCUCGAGGAGCUCGGCCUGCCCAAAGGUCUGUUACCCCUGGAGGACAUGGAGGAGUUCGGAUACAACCGGGAGACCGGAUUCAUAUGGCUGGUGCAGGGGAGGAAGAGGGAGCACACCUUCAGGAAGAUCAAGCGGCAGGUGUCGUACGCCGCCGAAGUGACGGCCUUCGUGGAGGAGCGGAAGAUGAAGAAGAUGACGGGGGUGAAGACCAAGGAGCUGCUGCUGUGGCUCUCCGUCGUCGAGAUGUACGUCGACGACCCCUCGUCUGGGAAGAUCACCUUCAAGACCGGCACCGGUUUGUCCGACAGCUUCCCUGUCUCCGCCUUCGAGCUGCAGCAGUGAGGCAUGGAAAUAUGACAUGUUACCGUCGUUUUAUGCGUCUAAUGCUGCCGUACCAAAUGAAAGUUUGAUCUAAGGUU